CUUUGCCAUUGUUAAUGGUGCUUAUUUAAUGUGUUAUCUUUUGUCUUUGAUUUAUUUUGGUGAUGCAGGUGUUUCCACCCAAGGGGAUUGUGGUGGAUACGCAACCUAGAGACUAAGUUGGAUUCCAUAGUUUGUACAACAAAAGAUCUUAAAGAGCUGGAGAAAGAUGUUCCAAUGCCAUCCAGAAAUUGUUGUGGAAUAUGACAAAGAAGUGUCUUUGCUAUAUCUACAUGAACAAAUCACGCAAAUGGAGGAACUGCUGAAGAAGUUGCGCGAGCAAGUACAAGAAAGAGCAAAUGGCAAUUUAUGGGUGCUUAUAAGGUUGCACACAAUUUUUUAGUACCCUUACAAAACUUUGAGAGGGAAAAUUACCAACUUGAUAUCAAGUUUCAAGAAUCCUAUUUGAGCAAGGUGGUUGCACUUUUACAGUGUUAUCAGAGGGAGCUGCUCUCAACAAGGAUGCCAGCAGAACAGAAGAGGACAAAGGCUGCCAAUUCCAUCAUCGAAACAUUCAUAUAACAUCAUUGUUAUGUUUUAUUUAUUUUUUAUCUUUUUUAUUUUUAAUCCUAAUAAUUAUAUAUGGUUAAUCUAUUUAAUGGAAAAAGUUUAAGAUAAUAACGAACUUAAUAGUUGAAGUGUACUAUUGGCAAAAAUCAAUAAUAGGAGUGUACUAAUGGAAGCUUCCCUUUUAAAUAUGAACUUUGUGAACAAUUUUUUAUCCAAUAUUUAUAUUUAGUGGUAGUAAUACAAUUUUAAGUUUUUAUAUAAUUCCGCACGCAUCGCGUGCAUAUAAGACUAGUAUAACAAUAAAGCAACAACGCUAACAACUAAACUAAUAUAAUAUUAUUGUAUUAGAAAUAGGGUGCACCUAGAUACAUAAAGUCAUAAACCAUGUAUUGUCUAGGAUGACCUUUUCGGCUUUCCUUAUUGAAGCCAAACAAGAAGGGAUAAUAACAACAAAGCAACAAGGUUAACAACUAAACUCAGAUAGUAUUAUUGUACUAAAAGGACAAAUCAUCCCUACAUGUACACAGAUCAUCUUCAUUUUUAUUUAAUAGGAGCAUUCAUCACCAAUUAAUUAAAUUAUUUAGAAAAAAGCCAAGUUGACUGUUAUAAUAAACGACCUUUUUUCACAAUUAGGUACCUUUUUCUCUUAUAUAAAUCUCACUUUUCGAUCAACUUUUCCAAAUUGCAAGACUUUUGAAGAACAUUAUCAUUUUACAUUCUGCAUUUUUCCAGGAAUAAAAAUUAAACUUGUUUUUUUUCCAUAUAUAAAAUAUAUUUAUAUUUUGUGAUAAUAUUAAGAUCGAUGGGAAUUAGUUCAUCAGCUCCAAUUGCAGUAAUUCCAGAGGGUCUUGGGAGUGUGAUUUAUGAUCAAGAUGGUAUGAAGAUUAAUCACCAGAUUAAUUCUGGGAUGUCGAUUCAUUCUCAACGAGGUUGCAAGGCUGUUAAUCAAGAUUGUGCUGUUCUUUGUCAGGGGUAUGGAUCAGAAGAUGGUGUACUAUGUGGAGUAUUUGAUGGUCACGGUAAAAAUGGUCAUCUAGUGAGCAAGAUCAUCAGUCGUCGAUUACCUCUGUUAUUACUUGAUAAAAAGAAUGCAGUAUCGGAGGUUAACCAGAAUUUCUCUGAAAGUCAUUCAGCUAAUUACGAUGGUUCAUCGCCUGAAAACGAACUCCUUGAAUGGGAGGAGGCAUACAUGAAUGCUUUCCCGGAGAUGGAUGAAGAGAUUAAGAUGGUCAAAAAAGUCGACUUCUCUUUCAGUGGAAGUACUGCUGUUGUAACUCUCAGACAGGGUGAUGAUCUUCUCAUUGCGAACCUUGGGGAUUCAAGGGCUAUCCUAGGAACAAAAUCAGAAAAAGGAGUUACAACUAUUCAAUUAACCAUUGAUUUAAAGCCUGGCACACCUGAUGAAGCAGAUAGAAUAAGAGGGUCAAACGGUAGGGUAUUUGCACUAAAGGAUGAACCGGGUGCUCCACGAGCAUGGUUGCCUCGAAUUUAUACACCAGGAAUCGCUAUGUCACGGUGUUUUGGAGACUUUGUUAUGAAAAACUACGGCAUAAUCUCAACUCCAGUUAUCACACAUCACCGCAUAACUUCUGACGACGUAUUUAUAGUGCUUGCUACUGAUGGGAUAUGGGAUGUGCUUAGCAAUGAGGAAGUAGCAUCAAUAGUAUGCGGCGUUGAGAAUGAAGAAAUGGCAGCAAAAGCAGUGGUGGAUGCAGCUGUUAAAGGAUGGAAGUCCAAGGUUUCGUUUAACAAGUGUGACGAUUGCACUGCUGUUUGUUACUUCUUACAGAACAAGGACUAAAACACAACCCAUGCACACCCAAUUUUUGAAUGAUCGAUCGAUGAGGUUUAUCUUUUUGUUUUCAUUGUAACAAAUGUUGAAAGUAUCUUGCCAUGCACUUCGAUCACUUGAUUGUAAGAUUUGUAACGUUUGUAUGUGGAGAUCAGUAAAUUUUGUUGAUAAAGAAUAGGUGAUUUAGGGUCGAAUUGGAGGGACUAUCAAAGGA